AUUGUGUCUGUGGCGAGGCGUUGGGAGGGCCUAGGUUGGUGUGCGGUGCCCUUCGACCGGGUUGAGCCCGGGAGUCAGCCGUGCUUGGUUGCUCGGUGUCCCCAGGCCACUCCGGAGACUCACGUACUAGUGCAGAGACCAAGAGAAAACUGCCGCUAGGACAGAAGCACGGUCUGGCCCUGCUGGACCCCAGCAGCUCCCCGAGUCUGAAUGAUGACUGCUGAGUCAAGGGAAGCCACGGGUCUGUCCCCACAGGCUGCACAGGAGAAGGACGGGAUUGUUAUUGUGAAGGUGGAAGAAGAAGAUGAAGAAGAACACAUGUGGGGGCAGGACUCCAGCCUGCAGGAAACACCCCCACACGACCCAGAGGUAUUCCGCCAGCAGUUCAGGCGUUUCUGUUACCAGAACACUUUUGGGCCUCGAGAAGCGCUGAAUCGUCUGAAGGAACUUUGUCAUCAAUGGCUUCGACCUGAAGUCAACACCAAGGAGCAGAUCCUGGAGCUGUUGGUGCUGGAGCAGUUCCUGUCCAUCCUGCCCAAAGAGCUGCAAGUCUGGCUGCAGGAGUACCGGCCCGACAGCGGAGAGGAGGCUGUGACUCUUCUGGAAGACUUGGAGCUUGAUAUUUCGGGACAGCAGGUCCCGGGUCAAGUUCAUGGGCCUGAGAUGCUUGCCAGGGGAAUGGUGCCUCUGGAUCCGGUUCAGGAGUCCUCAAGCUUUGGCCGCCAUGAAGCUACCCACCCUCAUUUCAAGCAUUCAUCUCGGAAGCCUCGCCUCCUGCCAUCCCGAGGUUCUGAAAACAGGAAUGGGAAUGAGUCAACCCCAAAGGCUGAAGUCAAAGAAGAUUCCACCUCACAUGGGGAGACAGCAGGAAGAUUUCAGAAAGAAUUUGGAGAGAAACGUGAACAGCAGGGCAGAGUAGUCGAAAGGCAGCAGAGAAACCCUGAAGAAAAAACUGGCAAAGAGAAGAAAGAGCCUGGGCCACCUACAGCCAAGGAAAAGAAGCCCUCUGCAGGAGAGAGGGGCCCAAGGGAGAAGGGCAAAGGUCUGGGAAGAAGCUUCAGUCUGAGUGCAAACUUCAAUAAUACCCCCGAAGAGCUUCCGUCGGGGGCAAAGACGCAUAGGUGUGAUGAGUGUGGGAAAUGCUUCACAAGAAGCUCCAGCCUUAUCCGCCAUAAAAUCAUCCACACUGGAGAGAAGCCCUACGAAUGUAACGAGUGUGGCAAAGCCUUCAGUCUCAAUUCAAACCUUGUCCUACAUCAGCGAAUCCACACAGGAGAGAAACCUCAUGAAUGUAACGAGUGUGGCAAAGCCUUCAGUCAUAGCUCAAAUCUCAUCCUGCACCAGCGCAUCCACUCUGGAGAGAAACCCUACGAAUGUAACGAGUGUGGCAAAGCCUUCAGCCAGAGUUCAGACCUCACGAAGCACCAGAGAAUCCACACAGGGGAGAAGCCCUAUGAAUGUAGUGAAUGUGGAAAAGCUUUCAACCGAAACUCAUACCUUAUUUUGCACCGGAGAAUUCACACUCGAGAAAAGCCCUACAAGUGCACUAAGUGCGGCAAGGCCUUCACGCGGAGCUCAACCCUCACACUGCACCAUAGGAUCCAUGCCCGAGAGAGAGCCUCGGAGUACAGCCCGGCCUCCCUGGAUGCUUUUGGAGCAUUCCUGAAAAGCUGUGUGUAAAGCAAUAGUGGACCAUCAAACCAUUUCCCCCCUUUUGUUUCUGAAAUUACGUCAGAUAUAUGUGCCCAUCAAGGGAAAAGUCAUAACACCAUCUAAUUGUUUGAGAAGUCACACUUAAGGAUCCUUAAGAGUUACAUUGACAGUGUUCUGCCUUUAGGUGGUCUGUAGACAUGUAAUUCUUACAGUCCUUGCAAGGGAGAGCUAAUCAUAUGUAUAUCUUCAGUAUAUCUCCACACAAGAUAAAAGCACACACAGUAAAAUGCCAAGCUUUCCAGUAAUGGGUAUACAAAUCAAGACCGGCUCUGUGUAUAUUAACUGAAGUUAAGAAGCCACUUGCUGCCAACAAACCCUACUUGGACAACCUAUAUUUCUCAAUGAAGAGAGACAGUUAAUACAAAAACUACAUUGGGACAUGCUGUUCAAGCAAGUUAUAUAUCCAGAAAGUUGUAUAUCUGAUCACUGGUAGCCUGCCAAAGCUAUAGAAACCUAGGACUGUGCUGAUCAGAAUCAAACCAAAGAUGAUUUCUGUCUCUCUGAAAGAGAGGGUGUAUGCACCACUUUGUAGUUCUAAGGACUGUAAACGGGUGGCUCUGCCAUCAUCGGCGUGCUCAGUGCUACUGAGAUAGCAACAAUUCAAGACUUCUCUCCCUCCUCAACAUCCCUGAAGCACUCUAGCACUCCUCAGAGCACUCUCCACGCCUCGACACUUGACUACAUGCCAUCUUUCAAUCCUUCACCAUUCAGUGUAUGGAGCUUUUACCACCACCACCCCCCCAAGAAAAGAUGCUUCAGUUGUCAAGAAAUACAGUUAUAUUCCUGACCACACAACACUGGAUGUAGUACUAACACACCCAAGGCACUCCAUAUGACAGACUUCCAACAGGACUGUCAUGUUGUGGGAGAGCUGUGAAUCGCGAGUACCUGAAAUAUGGUACCCUCAGAGCUAUAGGCCGUGCUCUAAGUUAUUCUAGGGUCAAUGUAAUUUUUGUCCUAAAUAUAAGCAAAAGCUUGCUUAGCUGUCUGCAGAGACUCUGUAAACAUGGAUCAGUAAGUAAAUAACCACAGAAUGUCAAAAAAAAUGACUUUUGUUGUCCACUUACAGAAGAAAAAUAUGAACACUAUAAAGUUUUUGUUUGUGUGACAUAUUUCACGCAAAGCUCUUAUUCUUGGCCAGAAAUAUUUUCGGUCAGCUGCUGAAUGGUUUGUCUUUUGAGCACUUGCUGAGUUGUUCAAAACUUAACUAACAUUCUUCAAAAUAUGUGAUGGGCUUUUGUUUUUAUUGUUCCUUUAUUUGUUUUUGUUUUUAAUUCUCAGAAAAAGGGAAAGUUAAAGGGAGCAUCUUUUCCACAUUUGGCCAGACACUUGCAGAAGCAUCUGUGGUUACUAGCUGACAGUGGCUGAAGAUACCCUCUUGCUCUGAGAAGUUCACCACCACAUGGUGGUGUGGUUGGUUGUGUCAUUGUGUUUAAUAGCACACAGCGUCGUUUUGAUCUCUCAUGAAAGAAUGAAGUGAGGUUAGGGGACGUUAGCCUUUCCUGAGAUCUCUGCAGGUGGCUUCCCAGAAGCUCUUGAUCAAGACUUAACACAUACACGAGACCCAAGUCUGGACUACAUAGGUGUCAGGCACUUGAACAAACUGCUCUUUUCAUGAAAGUGUGGAGAUCCCUGCAGAACCCUAGAAACAUAAGCUAAAAAGACAAACUUAAAGACUGUUGGCGUGAACACCCCGCAUACGGUUUAAGAUUUCCUCUCAAGAAACAACUAAAACCAUCUUGUACCAUUUGUUUGCUGAUGAGCAGCAAAAGUCCAUGAGACACAAUAGUGGGUCUCAUCAAGUUGGUGCCUGUGUGACCUCAGCUCCAGGUCAAACUAGAAUCCUACAAGCAAUCAUUAUCUGGUCCCUCUUUGACUUUAUUUCUUAGACCAGUCACACUUCAGUGAUGGUGUCUAAACUGUUUCCACAGUGCUGCCUGUGAGUGUGUCUGUCCACCCAACAGAAAAGCAGCAGACAUGCUGGUUCACUGGUUCACUCUGGAGUGAGGCAGAGAUGGAAAUGCUUUAAGGUUCUUCCUAAGGAAUGAGUCAUGGUGAUGGUGGGCCUUUUUGAGAACUCUAGCUUGCUAAAACAACUGAAAAAAGAGGUUCAGUACUCCGGGAGCCCAUCCGGACACUGGUUUUGAGCCCAAGAAAGGGCUUUGGUCAUUUCCCUGUUGGCCACUUAUACACAGACAUACACAACUACAUGCUGAUGUACUUCGACCAUCAACCUAGGGUCUUGUUUUUAAGUUAAAUUAAGACAGACCUGUUCCCCUCCCCCACCCCUCAUUCCCAUUUUAUUGGGACAUCUUACUAUUAGAUAGUUACUGGAGUGGCUUCAAAGCUAGCUACCACAGAUGCACUCCUGGAGGCAGCCAGUUGAAGAUGUAUUUUAUUUAGAAAGCAGGCUAUAGAUGGUUAUCAGAACAUCGUAGAUGCUCCACACAGUAUGUCUGUGUCACGAUUCAGAAGGCUGACACCUGUAGUGUUGAGGAUGGAUGUUCCAACUUAAGUGCUCGCUAAUUAACCAUUGGCAUGCUAGUUGAAGACUUUUUAAGUGAAAUUUAACCUUAUGACAAAAGUCAAAGUUGCGGACUUUCUACUUCAGCCUGGUAGGCAAGGCCAAGCAUAGAUGUGUGAGACAACUUGGUAUGCAAAGCACUUGAUGUUAAAGGCAUAAACAUGAGACCGCUCAAUGUGUGUAGAGAGACUGUUGAGUAUGUGGGGCAGUCCACACCUUAACAUACAUCAGAAAUAUACUCCAGAAUGGGACCUAGUCUGAGUGUGGUGUUUGGCAAAGCUUACACUGUAAAUAAACUCUUAAUGUCUGUGAGGCCAACUUCAUA